AUGCCUCUGUCGAGGCAGAACUUUGGUCUAGUCAGGGAAGAAACUGGUCGUGCGGUUCUGAAGCCCAUCCCUGUCCCAAAGUUGGAAGUCGACUAUAUCUUGGUUCGAACGAUAGCCAUCGCGCUGAACCCCACUGACUGGACAAGUCUGGACGCUGUUGGAAAGCCCGGAACAAUUGUAGGAUGUGACUAUUCUGGGGUCGUUGAAGAAGUGGGAAAGGACGUGAAAGACAGGUUCAAAAAGGGCGAUCGUGUGGCUGGAUUUGGCCACGGAGCCAAUGACUUCAAUCUGGAAAAUGGAGCUUUCGCAAAGUACAUCGCCGUGAAGGGGUAUCUUCAAAUGCACAUUCCGGAAGGGGUGAGCUAUGAAGCGGCAUGUACCGUCGGUGUUGGUGUUGGGACCGUGGGCUUCGGACUUUACAAAAUCCUGGAGCUUCCUCCUCCAGAUGAAAGCAGUGACAUCGGCGCCGAAACGAUUCUCAUUUAUGGAGGAAGCACGGCAACUGGGACACUUGCAAUUCAGUUCGCACGGCUCUCGGGUCUGACUGUCAUAACUACCUGCUCCCCAAAGCAUUGUGAGAUGGUGAAGGCCUUGGGCGCCAGUCAGGCCUAUGACUACCAUGUUCCCAAUGUCGGUGGACAGAUCAAUGCAGCCACCAAUGGCAAGUUAAAGACGGUGUUCGAUACAGUCGCCACGGAAGCUACAGCACGAAUCUGUGCCGAAGCAUUCGGAUACGCCGGAGGAGUGUAUUGCAAUGUCUUGGGAAUCGACUGCCCCCAUCCAAACGUCCGGUCAGAAUCCUUCCUUGGCUACAGCCUUUCUGGAGAGCCAUUCAUCUAUGAAGGAGAACUCUAUCAGGCACAACCAGACCAUUUCGCCUUUGGCUCCUACUUCACUCGAGUCGCUGAAAGGCUCUGGCAUAAAGGACAGUGGAAACCGCAUCCGCAACAUGUGGAGCCUGGCGGUCUCCUUGGUGUCCGCGAAGGAAUGCAGCAAAUGAGAGACGGGAAGGUCAGUGGUGAGAAGCUCGUUUAUCUCAUGGAGGAGACAGAAUGGCCUUGA